CAGUGGCAGCGGUCGCUUCGCCUGUCGCCCUGACACGUUUCUCGUUUCGAGCCUGUGGUUUCGUCGAAAGACGCUUUGCCGAACGUGCUCCGGUGUUCCUUAAGUGAUUGGGAGCUUUCCUUCGCCGUAUUGCGGUGUGCUUCGUCGUUCGUCGAUACGAUUGGGGAAGAAUGUGAGACUUGAAGACGAGUGUCAGUGAUGGUUUUCGCACGGGGAAGCACGCUGUCUGUCGGCAAGUUUGCGCCUCUUGAUACGUCGUGCCCGGCCCGUUGUUAAGAGUCGCCUAAGUGCAGCAAAGUGUUGUAGGUCUGUUUGAAUUUCGUGUAGGACAAUUUUGCAAAAAAAAGUUUCUGAUCGGCACGCGGGAGGUACAACAAGUUGCAAAGUGUCUCACUGUUCAUUCAAACUUUUUGCUUCAGCACAGUUCGAAAGAUGUAUCAGGAAUCUCUGCUACAGUAUCUCCGGUGAAUUCGUACGCCGGAGGAAUUUUAAAAGAACACUCAAAAGGGAAAAGACUUGAGACAUGAGCUCCGAUACGUUCAAACAAAGGGCUGGAACGCAAUCUUCGUCAUCGUGGAGGACUGCCCUCUGAAAGAGCCGAAUUCCGUGAAAGGUGGACAGAGAGAAGCGAAAAAACGCAAUGUACUGCCCGUUUGUUUCGUCUUGGUCGAGGAGUGCCUUGUCUUGAGGAAUGCGCUUGAGUUCGGGUGCUGAGCUUGUGCCACGCCGGCGGCACUUUAGGUCUUGCCUCUCCGUCAUGCUGCUACGAUUACCCCUCAACAUUCUACUUCCUGUCAUGUUUCAAGGCGCCCGAGGAAUGUUUGGAGCGCCGUCUACACUUCCUCUAGGCUUCACGGAUGAGCCCCCGGACCAUGUUUUCUUUAUUAACACCAUGGGGGGUUCUGUGCGAUGCUCCGGGUACGGGUCUCCGCCACCGAUUGUGUCCUGGGUAGAGGCCGACGGCAAUGGAUCGCGAGGCCUCGCCCCUUCCAGUGCGGGACUACUUCCUCUGGGCGACAUGCCGGGCUUACGGCACACCAGCCCCGACGGCACGACCCUCAUCUUCCCGCCGUUUAAGGCGGUCGACUUCAGAGCUCACGUCCACGCGGCCGGCUACAGGUGCAUUCUCUCCAAUCCUCUGGGCAAGAUGGCCAGCCGGGUGUCAUAUGUUCGAGCAGUGAUUCAACAGGAAUACGAAGUAAGCGUCCACGACGGGUUCGCCACCAGGGGCAGCACAGCGGUGCUCACGUGUCAGAUCCAGCCAGUCGCCGUGCGGGAUUUCACCAGUGUUCUAUCGUGGCUCAGGGACGACAAAUACGUCAUACGCCGCGGCCAAUCGGAUGAAAAAUAUACGGUCUACCCGAGCGGAGAACUGUACAUUCAUGAGGUGGACGACAGGGACGCGGAGAGAUCAUACCGGUGCCAAGUGUUGGACCACAGCACGAAUUCGACGAGGUCCAGCAACAGAGCAGCCAAGAUUAUCCUUCAAGGUCCUCGUAAGGGCGGCGAGGCACCUAGGGUGACGUCGUGGGUGAAAGAGGUCAUCGCCCAAGACGGGGAGAUGGCUUCGCUCAGCUGCGCAGCCAGGGGUCAACCUUUGCCUUCGUACCAUUGGUUUCGGCAAUCUGGUCUCGAACUGCGGCCCGUGCCCGGGGCCAUGCAUUUUGGCCGAGGUACUCUCAUGUUUCGUACCGUUCGCCCCGAAGACUCCGGUCGCUAUGUGUGCCUUGUGAACAACACUUACGGCGAAGACCGCGUCUACGUCGUGCUCACAGUUAAAGGAUCUCCAGUAGUGAGCGUCCAACCGACCUAUCAGCGGGUUCCAUUAGGUUCAUCGGUGACUCUGACGUGUAACACGAGUAGCAUUCUCGCCAGGGAACUUCGCUGGUAUAAAGACCUCGCCCCUGUCCAGCCAUCGAGCGCCGAUAAGGUUCGCCUCAUCAGCUCGUCCGUCCUGCAGUUGGGAUCCGUCAAGGCUAACCAGGAUGGCAUUUAUCAGUGUAUGGCAUUCGGAGCCAAGGAGUCGGCGCAAGCCGUGGCGUUCGUCAUUCUUAUGGUAACCAAGCCAGAACUGACGGUAACGUUCGGCGACCAGAACACCUAUCCUGGCAGCUUCGUGUCCUUAAAGUGCGCCGCACGAGGCCACCCAAUGCCUAGAGUGACCUGGAGGCUCGACGGAGGGCCCGUGCCUUCGUCCAGGCGCGUCCUCAGAGGCGAUUUUGUUACGGAAGAUCACGUCGUGCACAGUUUCGUCAACUUGACGUCGGCAAACGUCACUCAUAGCGGCGAGUACUCGUGUCACGCCGAUAACGACGCGGGGCACGUCAGUCAUGCCGCAUGGCUGAACGUCGUGGGCGCUCCAGUCGCCUUGCCUCCUAGAAACAUCACCCUUCUAGCGGGCGAGACGUUCACGUUACCCUGUCCAGUGAAGGGAUACCCGUUGGCCUCGUUUGCGUGGUACAAAGGCCUGUUAGGAAAUCGGACAUUAGUAGACGGUCAGCGGUACCGCAUGGACAAGAAGGGGCGUCUGACCAUCCACGACGUGGACAGGAAAGCAGACAAUGGGCCCGUCGUAUGCGCCGCAACCAGCCCCGAAGGCAGGUCUUCCGAAGGCGUCGUCAACCUGCACGUGGCAGUGCCUCCGUCCAUCAACCCGUUCUCGUUUCCUCCUUCUGUUCGCGAAGGCGAGAGGUCGAGCGUCCACUGCUUUGUGUCCGCUGGCGAUCGGCCAGUGUCCAUCCAUUGGCUCAAGGACGGCCACCCCUUGCAGUUGGGAUACACGGACGUCAAGCCGCAGCUGAUGAACGAAUUUCUUUCUGUGCUAUAUUUCGAGAGUAUAGCGGAGUCUCACAACGGAACGUACACCUGUGUGGCGAGCAACCCCUACGCGAGGGCUAAUGCGUCUGCACAGAUGAUCGUUCAAGUGGCCCCGCGUUGGAUUCACGCUCCUGUUGACGCCACUGCCAUCAAGGGCGAGACGUCUAGGUUCGAUUGUCAAGCGGAUGGAUUUCCAACGCCCGUGAUACGAUGGAAGAUGACGACAGGAGGUCUUUCGGAGAGCUUCACCACGAUCAGAAGCAACGCGAAGCUCCAAGUACUAGAAAACGGUUCCUUAGUUGUGCAACACGUCGAAGCUUCGGACAGUGGAGUCUAUUUGUGUCAAGCAACAAACGGUGUCGGACCAGAGCUAACACACGAAGCACGGCUAACAGUUUCAGUGCCUGCGUCCUUUGUGAGCAGUUCCAUGUCUGUAACGGCGCGAAGAGGCGAGAAAGUCCACCUACGUUGCGAAGCGAUCGGCGACGUUCCACUGACGAUAGCUUGGUACAAGAACAAAUCUCUAUUGGACAUGGACCAACAUUCUAGAUAUUCAGUAAUGGAGUACGAACGGGACGGUGGAUUGGCGUCGCAGUUGCUCGUGCGUGACGUCAAGACCAACGACAGCGCCACCUAUACGUGCAAGGUUGCCAACACUCAUGGCAGCGACGAGAUGUUCAUCAAGCUUACGGUGCAAGAAACACCUUCUGCACCGAGUAAUGUGCACGUGAGCCACUUGGGCAGUCGAAGCGUUUCAGUCCGAUGGUCUCCACCCUUUGAUGGAAACUCUCCCGUCACUCAGUACGAUCUCAAGUUUCAUUCAGCAAGAGACGGAACGUCACGUGUUAUCCCAAUUCCGGGCAACCAGCUCGAAAUGACCUUGGACGAUCUCAGUCCGAACUCGGCCUACAGAGUGGAGAUCGAAGCCGUGAAUAACAUCGGCACGGGGCCGCCCAGCGAGCCUCUGUUUUUCACUACUGAUAUCGAAGCUCCUGCUGCAAAACCUAGAGAGCUUAAAGUGAUCCCCAUCAACUCAACGAGUCUGAGGGUUACGUGGAAACCGCCUGUGGGAGAAACCAAGAUAACAGGUUACUAUGUCGGCUACAAGAUGGACCCUGAAGACCAGACCGAGUCGUACGUGUACAAGACGGUCGAGGCCACAUCGGGAGUCAGCCAAGAGUGUGACGUCAAAGAUCUCAGGCCUGGAACAAAGUACGUCGUACUCGUGCAGGCUUACAACGGGAAAGGACCAGGUCCUAGUUCGGAUGAGGUUACAGGAGAGACGCCUACUUCAGAUUUAGCGUCGCUUUUUCGAGUGGCAGUCAACUACACGACAUACACGGAAAUCCGCAUCACCUGGCAAGACGUCUUCGGUUCUAGACACGGAUACAAGCUCUUCAUACGAGCCAAUGGGAGCGACUGGGAAUCCUACAAGGUGACCAGCACAUCGAACACGUAUGCGUUCACGAAUCUUCGAUGCGGCACGAGAUAUGAAAUCUACGUCGAAGCCUUGAGUGAUACGCCAACACGACCACGCACAACUUCUAUUGUGAUGGCCAGCACUACGGGUUCAGCUCCAGUUGCUCCUACACACCAACAGCCUCUCCUUGUAGACAGCGAAAGCGUUCCUUUGGACCUUGAAGCAUUCGGAGAUGGAGGAUGCCCCGUCACCUAUUACGUCGUGAAGUACAAAGCGCUGGACGAAAAGGAAUGGACGGUGCUUUCCAGAGAACCCCACCAGGCACUGAAGAAUGGCAACCAUGUGGUGUCUUUAACCAACUUAGAAAGAGGGCGGAGGUACAAGCUCUUGCUUGGAGCCGCGAAUGCAGCCGGAUAUACUGAAGCACUCUACGAUGUACAUGUGGCUUCAGCGAGCAAAGGAACGUCGGAAACGUCAAUAGGGACUGCAUCUCCUCAAGAAAUGCAUCGGAAGUUGGCAGUCGUCACAUCCGUCGUCUGCUCUGUCGUUGUCCUUAUUGUAAUAGUUGUGGCUGCUUGUGUGGAGCUCAGCCGAAGGCGUAGGGGAAGGGCAGACGCCGCAGCUUCGGAAGUUUAUUCCGAGCCACGAUUAAAGCCUCCCGGGAAAUGCGAAGAGAUGGCCUUAACGACGUGGGAGAAGCGCAAGGAGUGCGUCGUGGAAAGCGCUACACGGAACGGUGACAUUGCGCAGCAGCAACAAGCCCUGUAUGCGCCCUGCCCCUAUGGGUCUACGUCGGGCCGUAUCACUCAGGACAACGCGCCUACGACGCUAGGACGCCGUUCAAGAACGAGGGCGGAGCUAGUCGAAGAAUUUUACGAUAUGCCUCUUCCACCGGGGUUCCGGUGUUAAAUCGGCGUUGAACAAUCCAGCGCAGGUCCACAACUGGUCCAGAGCUUCGUCCGUACAAGGUCUGCCGCGGCAUUGCCUCAGAACAAUCGAAGACCGAUCCAAACAGGCAAGAACCGCCAUGGAUUGUGUACUAUGCGUACUGCUACCUGCGUACGAGUGCGUGUGUGUGUGUCUGUGUGUGUGUGUGCAUGCGCGCGCGCGCCAAGUCUUACAAUAACAAAGUACAUCGAGGCUGCUAUGUGGAGAGAAUUUGUGACUCAAUGGUGACUGACUGGUUUUGGUAAAGGCACUUUUUCCAACACAGUGGUCUGCCAUACAGAUCAAUGCGGUAUGUUCCAAAGUCUAAAUGUGCUAUCCCAGAAUGUUUUACAUGUACAUAGCGUUAUAUGUUGCCGUUUUUACUGGUGUACAUAAGAGAAAUAAAAGGAAGGCUGUUGGGUAUAGUUUCAA